UUAGCCAAUUGGAAAAUACAUACAUUACACAGCAGCUGUGUGAGCAAGACUGUGUAGAGUACUUUUAUUUGAACACUUCUCUAUCAAGCAGCAAGAUUACAUUCUGUGAGUGAUUCACAUUGUGUACUUUUGUGUUUAGAGAUACUUCACUCAAAAAAAGAAAGACAAAGCCAGAAGAUGACAUUCAGCCUGGUGUUAGCCGCUCUUCUCUGCUUCACCACAUGGAUGAGCACGGUCCAUGCAACCAUUGGACCAGAAUCCAGCUGUUGUCUCCAGCGGUCUUCAACCAGAAUCAAAGCAGAAAAGAUUCAGUAUUACACCAUUCAGUCUGAAGGCAUCUGUCCAAUCCCAGCCAUAGUGUUUCACACAAAAAGUGGAAUCAAGAUUUGCUCCGACCCUAACAAUAACUGGGCAAAAUCAACCAUGAGGAAAGUGGACAAGAAAAAAGAAGAACAAGCAUUGCAACUGAGGAGACAGAAAGAAGAAGGAUCAACAAGCAGCAUCACACCAGCAGUGUCCGCUACAUCA